AUGUCGGGCGCGUCCGACGAGGGCUGGGUGCUGGUGGCGGCGCCGCAGCCCGCAGCUUCCGAAGCACGCAAUGACGACGCGACCGUGGCGACCGCGGCGACGGCCGCGACCGUCCCGAGCCACGAGGAAGCCGUGGCGCGCGGUCAGAUGAUGGCCGCGACGGCAUCCGCCGAGAUACGUCCGUUCGACCGCCUCCCCGACGACGGGCUGGCGAAGGUGCUGGCCGUGCUGAAGCAGAGCGAGCACCGCCGCGUCGAGUCCGUCUGCCAGCGGUGGCGCCAGAUCCGGCCGCGCGCGAGUACUGCGCGCGUCAAAUCCAGUGUGGAAGUCAAGUAGUAGUCGUCGAUGGCGUGGAGGUCGACGCGAUAAUCCACACAGGUCAAGUCGCUUCGCUUCCGCGGCCGCACCGUGGCUAUCCUGGCGCGGCGCUUCGGGGAAGCAGAGGGCUACUACUCGACGCCAUAUGUUUUCAGCAACCUGGCCGACGAACGCAUGUACUUUUUGGUUCUAGAUGGCACCGGCGACGACUUCGUCAUCUCAGUCCCGCGCGACUACAACGGGACCCAAUUCUUUCUGCGCAUGAACCCGCACACGGGAGUCGCGGACCACCGAGGAUUGACGGAAGACCGCGCGCAAGCGACGCACUUCGAGGCCGUCGAGACGCUCUUCCGCGGCCAACGAGAGUACUACACGCUCCCGGACUUCUUCUACUUCCGCCUCAAGGCCACGCCCCCGAGCUUCCUUAAGGUCCACUGGCGGGAGCAGAUCGGCGUCGUCCCCCAGGCGUGCGUCACGCAGCACCGGCGCGCGCGGUACAACGAGGGGCACGCGUUCCAGAUUUAUGAUCCACGUUGAUAAGUACGCCUAUGUUACUCGUAGCCCCGAUGUCGAGGCCUCAAAAUCACCGCGAGGGAGCCUUCGUGGUUCGCUUCUUCACCGCGGCCUUUUUCGUCGUCGUUUUUGAGGCGGCGACCCGUCGCGCCGAGGUCGUGGUCGCCGGUUUCGCCGCGGCCUUGCGCCGCGCCGGGGCGGACGUCGCCGCGGCGGCGCGCCGGCCGACGGCGG